AUGCGUGUUGUCCAGACAUUGCAGCCACCACAGGUCCACACUGGCUCCCCAGAACAGGAAGGAUUCUUUAAUCUGCUGACCCAUGUACAGAGUGGGCGUAUGGAUGAGCAACGUUGUGACAUUCAGAUCGUGCAUAGCAAGAGCAGCCCGGACCCUGAGAACAGUGACCCACCACCAGAGAUGGACCAUUUAAUGGAAAUGCUGGCUAACACACAGAGCCGGCGGAUGGACGAUCAACGUGCCACCUUUAACUACCUCCCUGGUUUCCAGAAUGUUGAAAAUAAUGCCAGCAGCAAACCAGCUUCCGGGGCCACCAAGAAAUGAGUACCUUUCCAACCUUGGUCAGGGAAAACAGCAGACAAACAGAAAGACACCAGCUGAUACCACCACCAAGCAUAGCACACCGCCACUG